AUGCCGAGUCAAGAACAUAUUAAUUUUAUAAAUAAAUUAAAUGAUGCUAAAAUUCCACGACAAAGUCAAUUAAUUGCUAAUCGUUUAUUUAUGAAAAAUUUUCCUCGUGAAACAACUAGUGCUGAAAUUGAAAAUUAUUUUCAAUCAUUUGGUGCUGUACAUGAUGUGAAAAUAAUUGCUAAAGAAAAUACACAUUUUGCAUUCAUUUCAUUUGUUAAUGAAAAUACUGCUUUAGAUGUACUACGUCAACAUGCUAUUGUACCACUAACAUUUAAUAAUCAUCCGAUUGUUUUAGCACCUGCUUAUAAAAAAAAUACUGUUCUAUCAGUAACAAGUCCUACAUCCCAUUAUUCAACGAAUGGUUCGACAGUAACACCACCAUCAACACCAUCACGAACAACAGUAAAUGGAAUAUCUCAAUCACAACAACUAUCAACACCAUAUCGACAACAGCUAUUAUCAACUCCACAUACUGUUUAUCCACCAAUAUUUUUUCCUGUACAAACAAAUAUGCCAUUUGUUCCCAUGGCUGGUACUUAUAUGAUACCUCAAGGUCCAACACCUCCGCAUCAUCCGCAAUUACCACCAUCUUUCUAUCCAACAUUUUAUACUCAAACACCUACUCAUCAACCAAAUGGACAUAUAAUUAAUGGACAUGCUUAUGUUCCACAACCUCCGUAUAUGUAUUCGAUGGGACCACCACCAAUUCCAGCACAGUAUCAACCAACGACAACAUUCAAUGAUGUAUCCAUGACAAGCGAAUAUUGA